UGGAUACACCGAUCCCCCGGCAUACGAGUAGCAGGCCUCAUUCUCGACGAAAUGACUGGCAGAAGACCCAGUUUUAUCGUUAAUCAGCAGGCAAAUAAGCCCCAGAAACAGUGACUUUAUGUGACACAUCGUUCAAUAUUCAAUGCCCCAGUUAUCUACGAACGAAAUAAGCGGACGUGUCUCCUGUUUUUCGAUUAUUUACUCACGCACAUCACCCACACGACUAGCGUUUCCCUGAUUGUGUGCGUGCCUCGUGUCGGCUGAGAGAGACAACAGUCGCAGUUGAACGAUCGUUCUUUGAGAAUCAAGUCUAACCGAAGCUCCAAAUUUUUCGAAAAUCCAUUUUUUGAUAAAUCCAAGCCACGAAAUAUUAAUUAACCUGUGCAGUUUCCUUUGGCCACUGGAUAUUCAUUUUUUAAAGUGUUUGUUUUUUUUUUUCAAGUGGAAAGUUCGUCUGUUUAUUCUUGUGCUCCGGAGCAGUGUGUUUUGACAGAAGGAUUGUAGAACGGUAUUUGUGAUAAUGAAACAUUUUUUUACGGUUAAUCCACCCCCCCCCCCUCGGGCAUCAGUGACAUCCACUGAACAGGUUCAUCGCGAGUGUUGAAGAGAUUGAGUGCUUUGGAGUCGUCGUAGACAGCUGGUCUCCAUGACUGAUUCAGUGAAUUAAUUGUUGUGAAAAUGGCAUCUCAGGGGGAACUGGAGGGUAAACAAUCUCAUGUGCUGUUGCCGGUGCUUCUGAGUGCAUUUGCACUUCCUAUUUCUAUGCUGUUUUGGAUUGUCAAUGUGGUUUACUCGAUUAUCACACCCGAGGCUGAUUAUCAUUUGAGUGAACAUUAUCCGGUAAUAUCCCCUUGGCGAUGGCUUCUCGCCGUUGUUUUUCCGCUUUCGUUCGCUCUUUGGGGGCUGAAGAGACGAAGCGUCGAUCUGAGUGGAGCACUAUUGGGACUUCUCAUGGGUUUUAUCCUGACUCUCACCAACUACGCCCACGUGGCGUGCCUCGUGAGUUUCUUCGUGUCAUCGUCCCUGGCCACGAAAUUCCGAGCUAAGAAGAAACAGAAAGUCGAGGGUGAUUUCAAGGAAGGGGGCCAGCGAAAUUGGAUUCAGGUGCUGUGCAACGGGGGCAUGGCCUCCCAGCUCGCCCUGUUGUACCUGCUUGACGUUGGGUGUGGCGAGAGGCCCAUCGACUUCGACAAGGAUUACAGGAGCUCCUGGCUGUCCACAGGAAUCCUAGGAGCUUUUGCCUGCUGCAAUGGAGACACCUGGGCCUCGGAGCUGGGGACAGCUAUUGGAAAAUCUGAUCCUUUCUUGAUAACUUCGAGAAAGAGAGUUCCUAGAGGAACAAAUGGAGCUGUGUCGUGGGCAGGUCUCCUCAUGUCACUCCUGGGUGGUUUAUUGGUAGGACUAUUCCACUAUUUAACUGUUCUGUACACAGUAGAUGUUGCAGUGCUGGAGCAUGCAGCCCCCCAGUGGCCCAUAAUAAUACUGGGGGGGGCUGGGGGAUUCUUUGGAAGUCUCUUCGACUCCCUCCUAGGUGCCACUCUCCAAUACUCAGGGAUCAAUGAAGAGGGAAAAAUAGUGGAGCAUCCUGGGAGAGGCGUCAAGCACAUCUGUGGAAGACAAAUUCUCGAUAACCACAGUGUUAAUCUUCUCUCCAGCAUUGCAAUUGCAUUAACAUUUCCAAGACUCGCUAAUUGCCUGUGGCCGUAACUAAAGUACAGACUCGAAUACUCGUAAUGUGUUGUGCGUGAAUAUUUAUCAUGGACUUUUGUGCUUCAAGCUCUUGUUUGUUCAAUCGUAUUGAGAUACCCAUUUUUUUUUUCAUGGUUUCUUUUAUAUUGCAUCAAUGAAAGAUUGGUGAUUGUUAAUGAAUAAAUAUAUUUUUGUAAGACGUU